AUGACUCUGGCCGCUAUCAAUGAUUAUAAGCGGAAAGUUUGGAUCUAUCCUGAAGGUACCAGAAAUCCUGGUAAAACUAUGCUGCCUUUCAAAAAAGGUGCUUUCAUACUUGCAGUUGAGGCUAAGGUGAAGUUCCGUCUCUAA